GUGUCGCUUCAGCAAAGAGAGUGUCGCGAUCGCGAACGAACCGCCGGCCGGUUAUGGACGUUGCAUGAGCGGGCGCGACCGCUGGAGCCGUCGGGCACGCCGGUCGUGGAGCGCGCGCCGUGGGCACCGGGCGGCGCGGGCAUGCGCUUCGAGGGCGCCGAGCGGCGCGACGCCGUCGCCUUCCACGGGCUGCUGGCGCCGCGGCCGAGUGACUUCUCGGUGUCGGCGCUGCUGACGGCAGGCGCGCUGCCUCCGCCGCCGUACCUUCCUGCCGCGCUGGCUGCCGCCGCCGCACUGUCCGCGCCCUGUCCGCUGCUUAAGCCGCCACCGCCGCCGUACGCGCCGUUGCCGCCAGACGACGACGGGGUCGUAGAUGACCCCAAGGUCACACUUGAGGGUAAAGACCUCUGGGAGAAGUUCCACAAGCUCGGCACCGAGAUGGUGAUCACCAAGAGUGGCAGACAAAUGUUCCCACAAAUGAAGUUCCGAGUGUCUGGCCUAGACGCAAAGGCCAAAUACAUCCUGCUACUGGAUAUCGUCGCCGCAGACGACUACCGAUAUAAGUUCCACAACAGUCGAUGGAUGGUGGCCGGCAAAGCCGACCCUGAGAUGCCGAAGAGGAUGUAUAUCCACCCAGACUCUCCAUCGACGGGCGAGCAGUGGAUGCAGAAAGUGGUUUCCUUCCACAAGCUGAAGUUGACCAACAACAUCAGCGACAAACACGGAUUCGAGCUCAUCUAUAGCCAAAGUCAACGGAUGUUGUCAAAGUUGCUGUGGCCCAACCCGGCCCCUAGUGCACCCAGAGACCCCCACUCAGAUCAUUUGACGAUCCUGAACUCGAUGCACAAGUACCAGCCGAGGUUCCACCUGGUGAGGGCCAACGACAUCCUGAAGCUGCCUUACUCGACCUUCAGGACCUACGUCUUUAAGGAGACGGAGUUCAUCGCAGUGACUGCCUACCAGAAUGAGAAGAUCACUCAAUUGAAAAUCGACAACAACCCGUUCGCGAAAGGAUUCCGAGACACGGGAGCGGGAAAACGGGAAAAGAAUUUGUCGGUGUACCGCAGGCAGGCGAUGCUGACCGCGCGCUCGGACGCCCGCGACGAGGACGACGAGCGGCCGCUCGACGUUGGGGGGCCCUCCAGCCCGCCCCCCACCACCAACACGCAGCACACGUCUAGCUCAUGGUUUAGCUCAAGCGGAGGCGGUGCUGACUCCGGCCCCGAGGAAGGCAUAGAGGCCAACUCUGAUUCCUCAUGUUCAGGCGGUCCUCGAGCAUCGUCUCCCCCCGCGGGCCCGUCCCGGCCGUCGCCAGCCCCGGACGUGUCACUAGGCCCGCCAGUACAGCCGCCGCUGCUGCCGUACCUUUAUCCGCCGUCGCUGUAUCCGCCUCCUUUCUUCCCCCCACAUCAAAUGCCGCCGGGUUUGCUGUUCAACCUGCAUCCUCUACUCCAGCAGUACUCAUUACCACCUCCGCCCGCCCCGCCAGCUCCUGCAGUGGCGCCGUCACUGAGCAAAACGCACAGGUUCGCGCCAUACGCGCUGCCCGGACUGGGCUCCGCUUUCGAGCAAGUAGCGCCGCGCGCGCGCAGUCUCAGUUCGUCUCCGGCGCGACCGAGGAACGGAUCUCCCCCCGCGCGAGCCGCGUCAGCCGAUCCCCCUCCAGACGCGCCCACGUCCACCUCCUCAACCCCACCAGCCUCCGACCUCAAAAGCAUCGAGAGAAUGGUGAACGGACUCGACGUAGAAACGCAGGACUGACCGACCUAACAUUGUAAAUAGCGUGUAUUUAUAUUAUCUCCCGCCUUACCAAAAAGUCAUCGGUAAAGUCGCGGCGGGGGCAUCGUUUUGUAUCGUUCCUAUUUUGUUUUCCUUUCGAGUUCUAUUCGGGUCGAUAUUCGUAUUGUUUGUAAAUAGUUAAGAUGAUAGGUCAGUGACGGCACACGGUGUCGACAUCGGGCGCUCUAGGAGUGCACUUCAAACCUGAAUGUUUCCACGGUAAAAAAAAGCUAAUAAAUUAACUAAAUGUUUUCCUUGAUAAAAAAAUAUUAUCUAUAGCAAUCAUUGAUAUUUACCAGUGAAAGUUAAAACAAAAUAAACAUUGGCUUCGCCACCUGAUCAUUAAUUGCAAUUUAAAUUAAGUUGUUAGUACAUAAAUUGAGCGAUGACAGAAUUUAUUAAGUCGUUCGCAAUUGCAACCCUAUCAGGAACUAUCGGACAAAUUAUUCAUUCCACAGUACUAAAACUCAUCGUGGAAGCAUCGAUCCAUUUACUUCGUCGUAGUAUGAAUAUCUUUGAUAAGUAUUUUUUUAUUUUUCUUCGCAGUUGAAACAAGUAUUGAGAAUAGUAAAAAAAUAUUUAUUCUUACCAAAACAAACUUCAAAAUUUUAGAAAUCAAUUAACCAGGAAUUUUUAAGAGACAAUGUGGUUUUCCCGGGAAUUAAAGAAAUGAUGAAAUACCUAAAUAUACAACCGAUUACUUUCUUUCUAAAGCUAAAAAUGAUUUGGCUAAAAUGUCUCUGGUAAAAUACUCAAAACAUGGGAAAAAACAUAACAAAGUUUAAGAUAUUCUUCCUACUACGAGUCAGUUUUGACAAUGUGACGCCACUAUCGAAGGCCUAUCCUCACGUAGUAACCUCCACGUUAGUAGCCACUCAUAGAUUCUCCACUGCAUUAGAAAUAGAGUUUAUCAGAAAGACUGCUGUCAACCAAAUUUUGAUUAAGCGUUCUUAAUUUAAAUUUGGAUUUUUAUUUUAUUUUUAAAUAAAAGUUUUAGACUCUUUGCCUCAGUAUUUAAUGAAAUAUUUUUCAAAUUUAUAAUUAUUAAAAAAAAAACCAACAGUACUACAUUGUUUAAAACCAUUGACAAUUAUUAUCAUUUUCCUUUCCUUAUGUGUUGUGUAGCUGCUAAAUCAAAAUUUAGUCGACAGCAGCUGAAUAUAUUAAUUUCUCACUUCGAUAGUAAUUAAAAACUAUUACUUUAUUUUGUAAAUACAAUUGUAAGGUAUAUUUACGUGUUUACUAAUAGACAUAUUUGGAAAAUAUGUUUUGUCAAUUGUGCUGUGAGUUGGCGAGCCUUUAAUUGCUGCGUUCUAAUUAAAAAAAUAAAUUUAAAAAUAUCUACAAUUUAAGUGUUGAUUAAUCAAUCAAUCAAUGAAAUAAAUUAUUACCUCAAAUAAAUUUGGCUAUACAAUAACGAACGCAACAACUUAACGCACGCAAAACGAUUGAUAAAAAUCUAACUGUAAGUUAAAAGUUUGUAAUAUAUAGUUAAUAAAUUGUAGUUAAAAUACAAAAUAUAUAAUUAUAAAUGAAUAUAAUUUUCCAUGGAAAUUCUUUAAAUUUAAGCGUUUAAUUCGAAAAUAGAUACCUAUAUAUACGUAACAGUUUAAUUUUCUUUUGGUAACACACCAGUGAUUUGAUUGCAAUAAGUAAGUACUGUUAUUUUGCCAUUUUUCUACAAAAAUAACGCUUUGUAAGGUGACGAGAGACUGUAAUGUGCAACAUCUGUAUUGAGAAUUAUUCAUUAAAAUAUAUAGAUAACUCUAUUGACAAAAUAGAUGAUUGUUUUUCUUACU